AUGUUUCUCAUUUUAGUCUCUGUGAUCAGUGCUCUUGUGUUCUUGUGGCAGAAGUGGAUCUUCGCGUUCUGGCGAAGAAGUGGCGUUCCUGGACCUUCGCCGUCGCUGUUUGGGGGAAAUCUCGGUUCGGUGAUUGCUCAAAGAGAGCAUAUUGGAAUUUUGACGAAUAAGUGGUACAAUGACUACUCAAAAGUUCCCUACAUUGGUUACUACAAAGUCUUCAAACCUGCAAUCAUGGUGCGAGAUGUUGAACUGUUGAAGAACGUCCUGGUGAACGAUUAUGCAUACUUCGCGGCAAAUGAUUUCGCUUCAAAUGAUACAACUCCGUUCCUUCAAUACGAUGAAAGCAAAUGGAAAGUAGGACGCACUGUUGCAUCUCACAUGUUCACCACAGCCAGAUUAAAGGCAAUAUUUUCUCGUAUGCAAAGAACUGGCGAGAAACUCAUAGAAUAUAUCACCGAACAAGGCGAAGAUGCGGAUAUCGAAGCGAAGAGUGUCACAGUUAAGGCAUCAAUAGAAAGUUUAGUGUCGUGUUUGUUCAGUACCGACGCCAAUUGCUUCAGUGAUCCUAACAACGAAUUUUAUUCAAUGGGAAAGACAUUUUUAAAACCAUCUUUUUGGUUGGGACUUAGAUAUACCCUUAUAUAUCACCUUCCCUUUUUCUCAAAUCUGACUUUCCACCGCAAAAACAUCGAGGAAUGGGGAACAAAAGUAGCAAUGGAUGAAAUAAAAUCACGAGAAAGUGAGAAUAAUGACAGCGAGGAUUUCUUACAGGCCAUGCUGAAAAUAAAGGAUAAGUAUAAGGUAUCUCACAGCUAUAUCGCAGAUCAGGCUUUUGGAUUCUUUAUCGAUGGUUAUGAGACGUCGAGCACAACGAUGGCAUUCGCUUUGUGGCAUCUCGCUCGCAAUGAAGACAUUCAGCAGAGGUUGUUUGAAGAAAUUGAUGUAAUUUCGUCUAAAUACGAGAACACAUUAUCGUACGAAGCGCUUAGCGAAAUGGAAUAUCUAGAGAUGGUGAUUCACGAAACCAUGCGUCUGAAAACGGUGGGAUUAACAAUGCACAGGAUCUGCACUAAGCCGUACGAACUGCCAAAAUUACCAGGACAAAAGAAGCCAUUCGUCGUUCAGCCUGGAACUCCUGUUCUCAUCCCGGUUUACGCCUUUCAUCAUGAUCCUGCAAUCUACCCUGAUCCCGAAACCUUUAAUCCACUGCGAUUUACACGCGAAGAGCGCCUGAAGAGACCGAAAUGUUCAUAUUUAGGAUUUGGCGAAGGUCCGCGGAUUUGCGUUGGCGUGAGAUUUGGAAUGCUGCAAGUGAAAUUUGUUUUGGCCACAAUCGUGAAGAAUUUUCUCAUCAAGGAAUCUCCGAAUUGCAAACCAUUCACACUCGACGCGAGAUCAAUUUUUCUCACGCAAUCUCGUGAUGGAUUGCUGUUGAGGUUCCAAAGACGGGAGUAG